AUCACCCGACUUUCAUAUAAUUUAAUAAUGUUUACUUCUGGAAGAACAAACUACAAAAUGAAAAGGACAUGUGUGGUUCUCAUACUAAACCACGUACUGUCUUGUGUGUGCGGGAUACAUUCAGAACAAUAUAUCCAAAGCUUUAAAGAAGUGUGUCCAUAUAACAAUCUCUGCUAUGAAAAUGCAUCAAAGUUGAAUACAGAUCCGGAUGUGAGCCCGUGUUGCGAAGAGUGCUCCUGUGAAGCUGACUGUUACUCGUUCCAGAAUUGCUGCCCCGAUGCGAUCACCUUUGACGCCCUAGAUCAACCGCCCAUUAUCCCCUGUGUACCCUGGUAUAAUGUGUACGGCAUAAAUGUUACCCUCGACGACCCUUCUGAACAAUAUGGCUACAGAGUCAUCUCCUCAUGCCCUCCUGGAAAUAUUUUUCAUACAAGCACGGAGCUGUGCGGAAAGGCUUCGCGAUCUCUCGACAUCAUAGUCUCUGAUUCCACAGGGCGGGUGUACCGUAAUGAGGACUGUGCGCUGUGUAAUGGAGUUACCACGUUCACGAGGUGGGGCAUACGUAUGCUAUCAUGUGACGGCUUGUUUUUCCAAACGUUCGACUCUCUGGAAGACCGGGACAACUAUGUCCGUAACCAUUGUUCGAUAGUGGCUGUCCCACCAGAAGAGAAAGUCAAUCGAUGCGUGCUCAGGCCAUAUCGACAAUGUGCAAAAACAAAUGACGUAGAUUCUGACCGAGAGGAUGCCUGUAUUGAUAACGCUAAUAACAUAAUAAUAUAUAGACAGUCUACUAAAACGCUGAUUGCAUACGCUAACGCAGAUUGUUACCUGUGUAAUAAUCCACUUUAUGGAAAUAGCAAUAUUAACCACUUAUGUAACGUCAAACACUUUGGAGGCAAGAAAACGGGAUUAUUUAAAAAUGGGAUGAUAACCACACUUAUUGACUACCAAAAAUCGGUUAACACACACCAGCAGACGGGUGAUAAAUAUUGUAAGGUGACAGAAGUCUACGAUUACAUGACGAAACAAUGCCGAAAGCUCAUUUGUCCACGAGGAUCAAUGGCGUUCGAUGAUCAAUGUGUGAACUUAGUUAAAAUGACUGGUAUGACACUUUUCUUUAAAGUUCCUUCAGAACUAACGUAUGUACAAUUAGGCAUAUUGACAUCAGGUGACUUUCUGGAGUUUGCCUCGAUUCUUGAAGAGUACGUCUUAACGGCAUACAAUAUUUCCUGUGAAAUGUGUCGCAGUAGUCGAACAAGUACGGGCUUCGCAAUGAUGCGUUUAGCGGUAAGUUCCACGUGUCCAAUGGAAACUUUACACAAAAUUGCGAGGGAAAUGUCAACGAGGCUGACAUAUCUUAAUGUGACCAUCAGCGGACGUCUAAUAACCAUGCCUGUGUUUGCCGAUGUAGCAGUGUUCGGGCCUCAAGUCAAGCCGAUUGUGACGGGUUGUGAUCAGGUUUAUUUUGUGGCCGGUUUGGCUUUUCCUGUGCACGAGUGUCCGAGUGUACAGUUAUCCUUUGCAGACAUGAACAACGCCGGCAUUGCAAACGCUGAAAUGAACAAACUGACCUUCAGCGAUUGUAUUGGUGUGACGUCAAAUGAUCCGACCCUGAUUAACAUAUCGUACUUUAGAAACUUAACAUAUCACUGUCCUCCAUCAGAUCUCCAAACAAAUGCAUCCAGGGUAUAUAAGGUCUGUAUUAAUUCGUAUUUCAGGCUGCGAACUACGUCCUCGUCUUCAAAACGGUUUGAUUUGCUUUACUUUUCGAUCACUGUCUUCGUGAUCGUUUACCUUUGUUUGUUUAUUUAA